AUGUCCUGGGCAUUUGCCCCUCCUAGCGCACGCUGCUAUGGCGGCGAGUCGCCGAAUGCUUCGGGCUGCUGCAACACGUGCGAGGAUGUGCGCACCGCGUACGCCGCGCGUGGGUGGAGCUUCACGAAUCCGGAUACGAUUGACCAGUGUGUGUCGGAGCACUGGAGCGAAAAGAUCAAGGAACAGGCGACGGAGGGAUGCAACGUCGCGGGCAUGAUUCACGUCAACAAGGUCGUCGGCAACUUCCAUCUCUCGCCGGGCAGGGCGUUUCAGCGCAACAACAUGCACGUGCACGACUUGGUGCCGUACUUGGCGGGCCAGGGCAAGGAGCACCACGACUUCGGACACGUGAUCAAUGAGCUGUCCUUUGCCUCGCACGAGGAGUACACGGCUGGACUGGCAGAGGAGAAGGCGGGGAGCAGCAAGAGGAAGAGGCAGAACAAGUCGAUCAAGGAGCGAUUGGGCAUCAAGGAUCCUCUGACGGGCACCAAGGCGCACACCGAGGAGAGUCAAUUCAUGUUCCAGGCGAGUGGCUUUCUCGACCUCCCGGGUGCGGUGCGGGGGGGUUGGCUGACGCGCGCCUCGGAGCAGUACUUCCUCAAAGUCGUGCCGACCGAGUACCGUCUGCUUUCGGGCGAGCUGCUCAAGACGCAUCAAUACAGCGUGACGUCGUACGAGCGCGACUUGUCGCCGGGCGCCCAGGCGGCUGCCGCCGCGGGCGGCAAGCCCGCCGCGGGCGGCUCAAAGGAGGGCCACGCGCAGGUGCAGCACGGCUUUGCCGGCGUGCCGGGAGUCUACAUCAACAUCGACCCCGCGGCACUCAAGGUGGUGCACACGCAGCGCCGCAGCAGCUUCUCGCACUUUCUCACGAGCACGUGUGCCAUUGUCGGCGGCAUCCUGAGCCUCGCGGCGCUGCUGGACGGCGUGCUGUGGUCGGCACGCGGACGCAAGGCAGACGAGGCGGAUCCAAUGGCCCUGCCUAGAUCGGCCAGCUCGACGAAGAGCUUCUAG